AUGACUACAGCCGCUUUCAAGUACAUCGACCCGACGUCUUUCGACCCCAAUGCGACCGAAGCCUUCAAGAAGCCCUGGGGCAAAGUCGACGGCCCUGGAUACUCGUUCAGAUUAGUCGACCACCAGCGUCAAGUCGAGAACAUUCGCGGACACGAAGCAAACUUCAACACUGACACUUCCGGUUUCGCCGUCUUCAAAUCGCCAGCAAAAGAGAAGGAGUUCACAGACGACAGGGCUGUCAGGGAAGGAUACUACCAAGAGGUGGAGCAAGCCCUUCGUGAGAAGAUUCCCGGUAUCAAGAAGGUUGUCAUCUUCGACCACACCAUCCGUCGCAGAGACAAGACCUCGCCUCGUCAGCCGGUCCAGCAAGUUCACGUUGAUCAGACACCACGCGCUGCAGAGACGCGAGUUCGCCGUCAUCUGCCUGCCGACGAAGCGGAAGAGCUGCUCAAGGGCAGAUAUCAGAUUAUCAACGUCUGGAGACCAAUCGGACACAACGCCACCGACUUCCCUUUGGCUGUCAUUGACUGGCGCACAACAACCGAAAAGGACUUUGUCAAGGUUGACCUGCUGUACCCGAAGCGCGCAGAUGAGGACAACGACGACAGAGGAAAGGAAGUCCUUCCUGAUGCCAGCUCCAUGACCUCCACACAAGGGUACGAGCCAAAGGGCGAGACGUAUGCCGUCGCUCCCUCUGACAAGCACAAGUUCUACUACAUGAAGGACAUGACGCCCGAUGAGCUCAUGCUUCUCAAGUGCUUCGACAGCAGAAGCGAAUGGUCGCCGAACAGCACUCCUGGUCUAGCCCACGGCACACCCCAUACUGCCUUUGUUGAUCCCCAAACCCCGGCAGAUGCUCCCGGUAGACAGAGCAUUGAGGUCAGAUGCCUGGUCUUCUACGACUGA